AUGGUGUACAGGAGUGUAUUCCUGUCUUCGCCCAAGCAUGCUCGUUCUGCGCAGUUGGCGAUGUCACACACUGCUCCCGUGUUCUCUCCUCUUCAGGGGCAGGGCUGUGAGAAACGCCGAACGCUUCGGGCGGUGUUCGAGCGGACAUGGCGCUGCGAGGAAAGCCUUCACCUGCUCACCUGUCCAAGCGGAAUCGGCACCGUCUCCUGCGGCCCCGUCCUCGCAGGAGACAUUGUGCGGCUGCAUGGAAGUGCAGGUUGUUCACCACCCACUGAGGUACAUCCCCUUGAAGUGGAGCCAGCCUUCUGCAAAGCGACUAAGAAUGAUUCUGUGGCCAAAGUCUCGUUCAAAAGGGCGGGCCAUGGAUAUUCCAAAGAUAUUAGGCACAAUCUCUUCCAAGUGCUUGCACCACUUGUCCGAGACUUCUUCGAAGAAGGUGAAAUUCUUGACAACUUCAGCCCGCGGUAG